UUUCCGUUGUUAACUAGCAAACGUCCGUCCGUUAAUUUGUAGAUAAAGUUCACAUUUUUUUUUUCUGAAGCCGGCGCCGCUGCCGCAUGACUGUAAUCCGAUCCCUCCUCUCGCCGGCGGGUUAUUCCCCUCCACCUGUUCGACGAAAUGCGCGACCGGAAGCCGGCGAACUCAGAGGCCUCUCUUCCCUCUCGUAUCUCGUUCUCGAUAGAACCAGGCGCGGCGAGCUCCCGCAGGCGCUCGAGCUCUUCCUCCAGCUCCAGCGCUCUGGCUGGUCGGCCGAUGAGUUUGCCCUCGCUAGCCUCCUCAAGUCAUGCUCCGCUCUCCCGGGCGUGCGGCGACUCGGGGAGCAGCUCCAUGCUAAGUCCGUGCGCGCCGGUCUCUCUUCCGAGCGCGGCGUCCGCACUUCCCUCGUCGCGAUGUACUCCGCCGCCGGCCGAUUGGUCGACGCCCGCCAGGUGUUCGACGAAGUUCCCAUGAUCGAGGAGGCCGAUGUCCCGACGUGGAACGCCGUCAUCUCCGCCUACGCCUUCCAUGGUUCGUUCCUAGAUUGCUUCCUCUUGUUCCGAGCCAUGCUCGAGCUGGCUCAUUUGGUGCCUACCGAUGCGACCUUCGCGAUCCUCAUCAGCGCGUGCGUGGCGAGCCAACGGGUUGCGAUCGGAAAGGUGAUCCAUGCGAUGGCCCUCAAGAACCAGUCGCUCGAUGCGACCAAGACACUCAAUUCUCUCAUCUCCAUGUACGCAAAAUUGGGCUUUUGGGGAGAUGCCAUGAAAGUUUUCGAUGCAAUGUGUCCCAAGGAUGUUGUUUCCUGGAACGCCAUCAUCUCAGGCCUUGUACAAAAUGGUGAAUUCGAGGCGGCAAUCUCGCUUUUCCGCAGAAUGUCUGUGAGUCCAAACAGGAUUACCUGUCUCAGCUUGCUCAGCGCAAUAGCUUCUGUCCCGUCUCUGAGGUUGGGGAAGGAGGUUCAUGCUUGGUUAAUCAGAUCAGGCCUCAAUUCGGAAACAGCUAUAGGCAAUUCACUGAUCGCGAUGUACGGGAAGUGCAGCGAAGACGUCCAGAAAGGAAGGUUGAUUUUUGAGAUGUUGCCUUGUCCUGAUGUUAUUAGCUGGAACUCCAUGCUCUCUGGUUAUGCUCAAAACGGUGAGUUCAUUAGCUUCUACAAAGUGUUUGAAGAAAUGCAGAGCUCAGGAUCAAGCCCUGACUUGCAUACUCUGACCAUUCUACUAUGUGCACUGUCACCCGAUUCAUUGGUGUCUUGUAAGCUUGGAAGAGAAAUUCAUGGCUAUCUGCUGAGACGAGAAGCUGAGCUGCCAGUUUCGUUGUCUGUGUACAAUGCAUUGCUAACUAUGUAUUCGAAUUUCGGUCGGAUUUGUGAUGCAGAGAAGGUCUUUAAGGGUUUGAAUGAACUGGAUUCCUUCACUUUCAAUUCCAUGAUUGAUGGGCUCUCUAACAAUGACUUGUGUCAUGAUGCUAUGGCACUCUUUGUGGAGAUGCACAGGCAAGGAUUUCCAUUAGAGUCCUCAACCUUGUCGAUUGUUCUUACAGUUUGCAGCAAAAUGGUCUCCGUCGAAUUAGGAAAACAGCUUCAUGCAUUUGCGGUAAAGCAAUGUCUCCAUGCCUCAAUUGUUUCACAAAGUGGCUCCUUGUCCGUUGACAAUGCACUCGUCUCCAUGUAUUCGAAGUGUGGUAGCUUGAAUGAUGCAAUUCGAGUGUUUCAAAGGAUGGAGAAAAGGGAUGUGGUCUCUUGGACAGCCAUGAUCACAGGAUGUGCGCAACAUGGAGCGGCUAAUGGGUCGUUUGAAUUCUUUGGUGAAAUGAGAAACAGUGGCAUUUAUCCCAAUUCAAUCACUUAUCUCGGUUUACUUACUGCUUGUGCACAUGCUGGCCUAGUCGAAGAAGGGAAGCAAUAUUUUGGUUUGCUGAUAAAAGAAUGUAAAUGCCAACCUAGCAUCGAACAUUAUGCUUGUAUGGUGGAUUUGUUUGGUCGAUCCGGCCAGUUUCAGCAAAGUGAAGCUAUGGUUCAGUUGGCAACUUCUCGUAUGAAGCAAAAUAGCGAAUCUUGUUUACGACUAUGGAAAGUGUUGCUUGGGGCUUGCCACUCGCAUAGGCAACUUGAUCUUGGCAUUAGCAUUGGAUCAAGGAUUUUGGAUUCCAACCCGGACGAUGAAACUACUCAUGUUCUUCUUUCCAAUCUGUAUGCCGCGUUUGGCUUGUGGCACGAUGCAAUAUCGAUACGAAGGCUGAUGAAGGAAAAAGGGCUAAAGAAGGAGGCCGGAUGUAGUUGGGUAGAGACCGGAAACAGGAAGCAUGUUUUCGUAGCUGCUGAUGAUUUCCAUGAGAACAGGAAGGAGAUCUAUGAGAAGCUUGACGAGUUGGACAAUAAGUGUAGAAGAAUCGGGUAUGUCCCCGCAACGAAAUAUGUUCUCCAUGAUGUCGACAAGCUUCAGAAAGAGGCAAUCCUAAGAAACCAUAGCGAGAGAUUGGCUGUAUCGUUUGCAUUGCUAUCCUCAGCGAAGACGAAAGGAGUCGUCCGUGUGAUUAAGAAUCUCCGCGUGUGUGAGGAUUGCCAUAAUUGGAUGAAGUUUGCUUGCGAAGUUGAGGGCGUAGAGAUAGUCCUAAGAGAUUCGAGAAGGUUUCAUUCUUUCAUAGAAGGAAAAUGUUCUUGUGGCGAUUAUUGGUAACUAUGCGGAUUGAGCUUUCAUAGUAUUCAAGGAAGUGCAACAAUAAUAGAAAUCGAGCCUUUGUGGUCAUACCAAAGAAAAAAGA